AUGAGUACAGACAGAUACUUGCAGAAGCCAGAGGAGUCAGAUGAAAUGGAGCUGAUAUUAUGGGUGACUGUGAGCCACCAGAUGUGGGUCUGUUUCCCUUGCACGCCCUUGGGGAUCGCACCUCUUUGUGCACAGGGUCCGAAGGGUCCUAACCUCAAGCUCACUCCGGAGCAGGGCAGCCUGGAAACCUUGGCGGAGGAUGACGGGCGCGAUCACCCGGCUGCUGCGACUCCAGGCGUUGUCCCGGCGGGGCCGAAACGAGACAGGGGCGCGGCGUCAGCGGAGAGCGGGCCUCGGGCCUCGGCAGCGGACACCGAACCUGGCGAGGGGCAGGAAACAAACGGCAGACACACCUGGCGGACCUCGGCGACCUGUCUGUCCUGCGUUAGCCGGCGAACGUCGGACUCUCCCAGGAUCCGCCGCCGCCGCCGCCCCUCCUCCGCGGCCCAGGGCCACCUCCACGCUCCGCUCCAACGUGGCAGCCGCAGCCCCGCCUGCGGGCCGGCACUUCCGGGUGCGGAGACUCACCACGCCCACCCUACCGGCCGGCACUUCCGGGAGCAACGGUUCGCCCCUCCCAGCCGGCGGGACGGCACUUCCGGGAGCCGUGGCCCCAGAAGGCUAGUGGAGCUGGAGCUUAGCUUAUCUGUGUACGUCUGUGUACCACCUGCAUGCCUGAUGCCCAGAGGUCAGGUGUUGGAUCCCCUGGAACUGAAGUUACAGGUGAUUGUGAGCUGCCAUGUGGAUGCUACAAACAAUCCUGGGCCCUUUACAAGACCAGCAAGUGCUCUUAACCACUGAGCCAUCUCUCCAGAGACAUAAUCAGUAUGUUUUAUUUUUGAGAUAAAAUUUAAUUAUGUA